CUCCUACUUCCUCUUUAGUUCUGCUACUAGUUUCACAUGCCUCGCGUUGAAUGUAAGGCUUCCUCCUUUACAAAAAUGAGAACUAGAAAAACCUGUAUUCAACCCGUACACUCUCCCAACCCAAGAAACCCCUGGAUAUUUGAAAUUUUCACACUGCUAAACAAUGACCGUGCUCAGUUUAUUGCGGGCAACAGUGAACUAGGCUUCUUGGGGAGAUUGCGGGUGCGAGGCGAGGAAAACAGCGCAGAGCAAGCCUUGCGUGGGGGACCCGCAAACUGCGUUAAAGUGACAAAGAGCCUCAGCCUAGAGUCCGGGGAAUCGCAAACCGACCUCCGGCUCCUCCCCGGCUCCGCAGCAGCAGCCGCCGAGCAACGCUUCCUGUUACCCUUUUUUGGAAUGGAGAUAUCUUCCCAUCAAUUUCAUCUCCUUCAGCAACUAAAUGAGCAGCGCAAGCAAGACUUAUUCUGUGACUGCAGUAUCCUGGUUGAGGGGAAAGUCUUCAAAGCACAUCGAAAUGUGCUGUUUGCCAGUAGUGGUUAUUUCAAAAUGCUCCUUUCCCAAAGCUCAAAAGAGACUAGUCAGCCAACCACAGCUACUUUUGAGGUCUUCUCUCCUGAUACCUUCACAGUUAUUCUGGACUUUGUAUAUUCAGGAAAACUGUCUCUCACUGGUCAAAAUGUGAUCGAAGUAAUGUCAGCUGCUAGUUAUCUGCAGAUGACAGAUAUUCUUAGUGUAUGUAAGACAUUCAUUCAAUCCUCACUGGAGAUUAAUGAAAAAGAGAAGGAUCACUACUUCACCCUUUCAGCCAAAAGGGUCAACAGUAGAUUUGACCGUCCACCUUUUUAUAGGUCAAGAAGGAAAGUUAAAAGCAACCCCAUCCGUUCUCACGUAAUUCCAGAUCAAAAGGCAGGCAUGGUGAAUGAAAAUUCCUGGACCAAUAACAGGAACCACUCCUCUUCACAAAUGAAUGUCCAACAGCAAGAAACACAAUUAUUCAAAAGAGGCCAAAAGCUUGGUUCAGUGAAAAAGCGCCAAAGGCGUCUAGGACUGUCACAGUCCCUUGACUUUCUGAAACAUAAAUCAAACAAACCUGAUGAGGCCAGGGGAAGUUGCAGUGCUUCAGAGACUAACCACGUUUCCCAAUCCAAAGAGCAAAUUCAGUUUGACACAGAGAAUAACACUGCUCAUACUGGGUACCGAUGUGAUCAAGAAUCAAAGGUGAUACCAAAGAAAUGGUCUGUUGCUCAACUGGAACAAGAACUUUCAAGAACUUCCCCUGUGUAUAUGGAUUUAAAAGCAGAUGAACUGUAUACCUCUAUGCCCACUAUUCUAGGUGUAAUGGGUGGUUGGAAUGAAGAUGAUCUACCUAAGAUGAGAUUCAAGUGCCCCUUCUGCACCCAUACAGUGAAACGGAGAGCAGACAUGAAGCGGCAUCUUCGAUGUCACACAGGGGAACGACCUUAUCCGUGUGAGGCAUGUGGGAAAAAAUUCACAAGAUUAGAGCACCUACGUAGCCAUUUCCAAACAAUACACCAAGCUGGUAAACUAAUCUGCAGAAAAUGUAAGAAUCAUGUCACCGACCUAACAGGACACGUGGUUCAACAAGGAACAAGGCGCUACAGACUAUGUAACGAAUGUCUAGUUGAAGCAGGUAUUGACAGAAUUCAUGAUGACUUAGAUGCAGAACAUCCUCUUACUAUCUCUCUAGGAGACAAAAUUUCUGGGUGGCACUUGGAUGAUGAGCACAGAUCAGAUGUAGAGAUGGAGGAUGAACCUGAUAAACUUGUCAUCCAACAAGUUAAUGAUGAUAGCACAGAUGAGACUGAAGAAAAAGUGAAACCGAAUCUUAGAUAGUUGUAUUUGGAGUGAAAUCUACUAGUGCUUUUCUCAUCACUGACUUACUAAGUCUUGCCAUUUAAGAGAGAAUGAUCUACUUAAUCAUUAAUAGAUCUUUUAACAAUACUGUAUGGGAGCAAAAUAAGGCCUACAAUCUAAUGUGCACAUAGUUUAGGACAUAGGAACUUCUUUCCAACUACAUUUUUUUUGCUACAAUGUAAAGAUCCCUGAAAAUUGGCCAGAAACAACUGAAUAUCUGGAGAGCUAUUAAAAUGACUUAUUUUAGGGUAAACAAAAGACCAUCUCAAAGUUCCUGUUUGAAUGGAAGCAUGAACCAGUUUUCCUUCCUUUAUUUCAAAGCCUUUGUUAGAACAAAGUUGUUUAAGAUGUUCAGUAAUCUAAAAUGUAUCUCUUAAUAGGUUUAAUGUUCUGCCAGCUGCAUCAAAGCAAGAACUACUGAAUCAGUUACUAUGAAAACACUUACUAAAGCCAGUAGUUAAAAUAAAUAUUUUCUGUAAAUACUGUAUUUAUCCUAUAUGUACACUUAUAAAAACAACUUCAUUUGAUAUUUGUAAUAAAACUUACAAGUAAUUAAUCUGACUAAUCUGUUACUAGUUACAAGAAGCAUUUUAAAGAAUAUCUAUAUAGAGUAGGUUACUGAACAGAACAGCUACAUUUGGAUGGAAUGAGUUUGCAUCCUCAAAUGAACAACAUGAUUCACACUAUUGAGGCUUUUUAAUUUAGACU